CGCCGGAGGCGAAGCCCAGACUCCCCCGGCUUUGCGACGGGAGACGGAGGCUCAGGGAUGAAAGGGGGUCCCCAGGUCGCCCAGCCUGCUUUACCAAAGCCAUAGGGCUGCCAUUUCCCAUAACAAAAACGAAGCAUUGCAUUUAGCGUUCUCUGUUAUUUUAACUCACGAGCACACCUGCCUGGCCCUGACUGUACCUCGUAAAUAAUCUACAUUAGACCUCUGCACCCCGAAGCUUCGGUUCUGGUCUCUGUAUGUGCCUGGGAGCCUCCGGGGAAAUACAGGCGCGGGACUGCAGCUCUGAGCCAAGGCCAGGUUGCGGCAGGAGGAGCCUGCAGGCCGCCCAGCCCCGUGGCCCCUGCCCUGGGAGGAAGUGCCGUGAAUAAACACUGCCUAAUCGUCCAGCGCAGCGGGUCUGUCACACUCCCGCCGCCGCCGACCAGAUCUCAGUCUCAGCCGCCAGGCUCUCCCGCCCCCCGCCGGGCCAGCAGGCUUUCUGAGGAUGAGGGUGAGAGACCUUGGCCUCCGGGGCCGAUGCGUGCGAGGAAUCCUCACGUCUCUCUUCCUCCUGGGCUGCUGGGGGCUCUCCUGUUUCCCGCAGCUAUUUCUUCAGGCUUUGGAGCCGGAGGAAGUGACUGCUUACCUUGGCCCUGCUGCCGCCUUGGAAGGACCCUCGCUGUCAGCCCUGCCACCCACCUCGCCAGGCCGCCCUCCUGCCCGGCGCCUUUGGAGACGGGCUGCUGGGAGCGUCCUGCACCUGGAGCUGCUGGUGGCCGUGGGUCCCGAUGUCCAGCAGGCUCACCAGGAGGACACGGAGCGCUACGUGCUCACCAACCUCAACAUGGGGUCAGAGCUGCUGAGGGACCCGUCCCUGGGGGCUCAGUUCCGCGUGCACCUGGUGAAGAUGGUUAUUCUGACACAGCCUCAGGAUGCUCCGAAUAUCACAGCCAACAUCACCGCAUCCCUGCGGAGCGUCUGUGACUGGAGCAGGACGGUCAACCCCGAGGAUGACGCAGAUCCCAGCCACGCCGACCUCGUGCUUUACGUCACCAGGUUUGACCUGGAAUUGCCCGACGGUAACCGGCAGGUUCGGGGGGUCACCCAGCUGGGGGGCGCCUGCUCCUCUUCUUGGAGCUGCCUUAUCACAGAGGAUACUGGCUUCGACCUGGGGGUCACCAUCGCCCACGAAAUUGGGCACAGCUUUGGCCUGGAGCACGACGGCGCGCCCGGCAGCGACUGCGAGGCCAGCGGCCACGUGAUGGCGUCCGACGGCGCUGCGCCAGCCCGCGGGGGCCCCACGUGGUCCCCCUGCAGCCGCCGGCAGCUGCAGCGCAUGCUCAGCGCAGGACGCCCGCGCUGCGUGUGGGACCCGCCGGGGCCGCAGUCCUGGGCCGCGGGCCGCCCUCCCGAAGCGCACCCUGGCCUCUACUACGGCGCCGACGAGCAGUGCCGCGUCGCCUUCGGCCCUACGGCGGUGGCCUGCACCUUCGCCAGGGAGCAGCUGGACAUGUGCCAGGCUCUCUCCUGUCACACAGACCCCCUGGACCAGAGCAGCUGUAGCCGCCUCCUCAUUCCUCUCCUGGAUGGGACAGAGUGUGGCGUGGGGAAGUGGUGCUCCAAGGGUCACUGCCGCUCCCUGGCGGAGCUGGCCCCCGUGGGGGCAGUGCACGGGGGCUGGUCUAGCUGGGGGCCCGCCAGUCCUUGCUCCCGCUCCUGCGGAGGAGGCGUGGUCACCAGGAGGCGCCAGUGCAACAACCCCAGACCUGCCUUUGGGGGGCGCUCGUGCGUAGGUGCUGACCUCCAGGCUGAGAUGUGCAACACCCAGGCCUGCGAGAAGACCCAGCUGGAGUUCAUGUCCCAGCAGUGCGCACAGACCAACGGGGAGCCCCUGCGCCUCUCCCCGGGCAGCACCUCCUUCUAUCACUGGGGCGCCGCCGCGCAGUACAGCCAAGGGGACGCUCUGUGCAGACACAUGUGCUGGGCGGUUGGCGAGAGCUUCAUUGUGCAGCGUGGGGACAGGUUCCUGGACGGGACUCGGUGUGUGCCCGGCGGCCCCCGACAGGACGGGACCCUGAGCCUGUGCGUGUCAGGCAGCUGCAGGAUGUUUGGCUGUGACGGCAGGAUGGAUUCCGGGCAGGUGCCAGACAUGUGCCAGGUGUGCGGCGGGGACAACAGCACGUGCAGGCCACAGAACGGCUCUUUCACGGCUGGAAGGGCCAGAGAGUAUGUCACCUUCCUGACUGUCACCCCCAACCUGACCAACAUCCAUGUCAUCAACCACAGGCCUCUCUUCACGCACCUGGCCGUGCGGAUCCGCGGGCGCUACGUCGUGGCUGGAAAUGCCAGCAUCUCUCCCAGCGUCACCUACCCCUCCCUCCUGGAGGACAGCCGUGUCGAGUACAGAGUGGCCCUGACUGAGGACCGGCUGCCCCACCGGGAGGAGCUCCGCAUCCGGGGACCCACCCAGGAGGACCUGGAGAUCCAGGUUUACAGGCGCUACGGCCAGGAGUACGGCCGCCUCGCCCGCCCAGACAUCACCUUCACCUACUUCCAGCCUGAGCAGCAGCAGGCCUGGGCGUGGGCUCCUGUGCGGGGGGCCUGCUCGGUGAGCUGUGGGGCAGGGCUGCGUCAGGUGACCUACAGCUGUUGGGACCAGGCCCGGAAUGCAUGGGUGGAGGCUGCCCUGUGUGCAGGGAGCCGGCGGCCGGCGGCGUGGUCCGAGUCCUGCACCCCUGCUCCCUGCCCCCCGUUCUGGGCAGUUGGAGACUUCGGCCCGUGCAGCGCUUCCUGCGGGGGAGGCCUGCAGGAGCGGGCGGUGCGCUGUGUGGAGGCCCAGGGUGGCCUCCUAAGGACGUUGCCCCGCUCGCGGUGCAGAGCGCUGGCCCAGCAACCGGCGGCUGUGGAGACCUGCAACUCACAGCCCUGCCCCACGAGAGAGACAUCGGACACCUGCCCGUCAGCCUGUGGAGCAGAACUGGCCGUGCAGAAUGUGACGUGUGUGCAGGGGGCAGAGGGCAUGGGGGCGCUGGCCACUGCUGGGCCCUGCCCCACAGACCAGAAGCCAUCUGCCCUAGAGCCGUGUAUCGAGGUGACAUGUCCUCCAGGCUGGGGCCAUCUGGAGGCCCAGUCUCCAGGCGAAGAGGCUGUGUCCCCAGAGGGCAGUGCCAGGCUGGAGGUUCAGGCCGCACACGUGUGGACUCCCCUCACGGGGCCGUGCUCCGUCUCCUGUGGUCAAGGCCUGAUGGAGCUGUAUUUCAUGUGCGUGGACUCUGCCCUCGGGACCCCAGUCCAGGAAGAGAUGUGUGACCCGGCAGCCAGGCCUGGAAGGCGGCAGGAGGUCUGCCAGGCUGCCCCGUGCCCGGCAUGGUGGGAGACCCGAGCCCUGGCCCCGUGCCCGGUGACCUGCGGAGGUGGGCAGGUGCCGCUGGCUGUUCGCUGUGUGCGGAUGGACCGCGGCCGCCUUGUCCCCCUGCCUCACGCCAAGUGCUGGCCGCUGCCCCGGCCCAGGCCCUUUGAGGACUGCAGCCCCGAGCCCUGCCCUGCCAGGUGGCGGUACAAGCUGGCGGCCUGCAGCGUGAGCUGUGGCGGGGGCGUGGUGCAGAGGAUCCUGUAUUGUGCCCGGGCCCACGGAGAGGACAAGGACGAGGAGAUCCUGCCGGAUACCCAGUGCGAGGGGCUGCCUCGCCCAGAGCAGCAGGAGGCCUGCAGCCCGGAGCCCUGCCCGCCCAGGUGGAAAGUCACAUCCCUUGGCCCGUGUUCGGCCAGCUGUGGUCUGGGCACUGCCACACGCUCGGUAGCCUGUGUGCAGCUGGACCAAGGCCAGGACACGGAGGUGGAUGGGGCGGCUUGUGUGGGUCUGGUGCGGCCGCAGGCCAGCAUCCCCUGUGUCGUUGCCGACUGCGCCUUCCGGUGGCAUGUCGGCGCCUGGAUGCAGUGUUCUGUUUCCUGUGGGGAUGGCAUCCAGCGCCGGCACGACGCCUGCCUCGGACCCCAGGGCCAGGUGCCUGUGCCAGCCGUCUUCUGCCAGCACUUGCCCAAGCCAGUGACCGUGCAGGGCUGCUGGGCCGGGCCCUGUGCAGGCCAAAGGACGCCCAGCCCCGCAUCUCUCGAGGAAGCCACUGCUCCCAGCCAGACCACAGCUGCCACUGCUGGUGCUUCCCCGGCGUGGCCCCAGCGUGGGGACCGCCUCCUCUCCCUGCAUCCCCAGGAGGGCCCAGCGGAGUCCAGUGCCUGUGGCCAGCAGUACCUUGAACCGACAGGAACCAUUGACAUGCGAGGCCCGGAACAGGCUGACUGUGCAGUAGUCAUCGGGCGGCCCCUGGGGGAGGUGGUGACUCUGCGAGUCCUUGAGAGCUCCCUCAACUGCAGCGCUGGGGAGAUGCUGCUGCUUUGGGGCAGGCUCACAUGGAGGAAGAAGUGCGAGAGACUGUCUGGCAUGACUUUCAGCACCAAAGCCAACACGCUGGUGGUGAGGCAGCGUCUCGUGCAGCCGGGAGGCGGGGUGCUGCUGCGAUAUUCAAGCCAGCCUGCCCCUGGAACCUUCCACCGAGAGUGUGACAUGCAGCUCUUUGGACCCAGGGGUGAAAUCGUGAGCCCAUCAACGAGCCCAGAUGGAAGGCACGUGGGGGGCUGCCGCAUCUUCAUUAGCGUGGCUCCCCGGGCCCGCAUCGCCAUCCACGCCCUGGUCACGGACGCGGCCACCGGAACCGAUGGCACCGAUGCCAGCUACGUCUUGAUCCGGGACAUCCACAGCCUGAGGACAACGGCAUUUCAUGGGCAGCAGACGCUCUACUGGGAGUCAGAGGGCAGCCAGGCAGAGAUGGAGUUUAGUCAGGGCUUCCUGGACGCCCACACCAGCCUGCGGGGCCAGUACUGGACCCUCCAGAAAGGAGCUCAUUAGCCCAGCAGUGCCCUGCCUUAGCGCCCUCCAAAAGCCCAUCCCACAGUUGACCAGUGGGCACAGUCCUGGAAGGAAGGGGAGGAGCCCGACAUCUGUGAUCAUCCCCUGUUAGGUGCCUGGCCAGCCCUGGAGGGGUAACUCUGGUGUCUGAGCCCUUUCCAAUUCGAAUUCCCUCCAAUCUUAAGUAUUUCCUUUAUGGCCUCCUCCAACGUGCAAAAUGCUGCGGGGUGGGAGGGGGGGCUCCAGAAAGGCAGCCCCCAGGCCCUCGGUACCAAUAAACAGAAGGUGCGGUCUGA